AUGCAAACUGUCGUUACAGUUAGUUUACAGAAAUUAUCCGCCUUAUACAACGUAAGGUUGAUGUCAACCAAGACAUUGUCUAGUUACUGUAAUGAUGAGUCAGAUAAUGAUGAAGAAUCUGUAGAUGACGAAUUAUACGAUAUAAAACAUGAGGCUGUUACAGAAUCUCUCACAAAAGACAAGACAAAUUUAUUGAGAGAAGAAACUUUUCAGAGUAGUCAAAAGCAAGGCAGUAGGUCGUAUGAAUCAAAUAAAAAAUGUGAGUCAAAUUCAUCAUUCGAUGAAACCUAUGACACUUCCGAACAAGUAAACAGUGAGAUUGCUGAGGCAGAAUAUACAAAUAGUCAGAAUAAAAGCCCAAUAUUUCGUGGAUCAGAUUAUUCACAUGCAAAGUUUUUGACAGACGGUAGUGAGACAAGUCAAAAAAAUGUGUCAGAUAAAUCCGAUAAAAAGAAAGUAAAAGAAGGACAGUCAGACGAAAACAGUGAGUAUAGAGAAAAGCAAUCACCUUCACCUUCUGGUGACAGUACAGACUCAACCAUAAGCAAACCUUAUUACCAGUCCUCGCGGAAUUCUCCUGUAAUACAAACUGCAAAUGCUAAAAGGCUUACAAAAGUGAAAAGAACCGAGCAUACACUUCAUAAUGAACUUAAUAGUGAUAUUUAUAAUAGAAGUAAUGAGUCUGUUCAUGUUGCACAAAUUGCAAAUGCUUUGAAAUCCUUUGAUAAGAAAAUGCGCUGUCUUCAUAUUCGUCCACCAUGGAGAGAUCCAAACUCGAAACCCCUGCCAAGUGACAGAACAACUGCAGUCUACCAAAUGUAUGAAGAUUAUUUAAAAUGUCAAAAUCAGCGCCCAUUUUCAAAAUUAGAACGUUCAACGUCCCAAUUUAUCAAUGAUAAGAUAGCUGUACAUAGAUUGUAUCACUCAACAUUGAAUCGUUAUCGACAAAAUGAGAAGAUCCAAAUGGAGAACUACGAAUUGGCUAAACGUCUACAGAAAAUUCGUCCUACAACCGGUAUGACAAGAGAAGAACAACUAAGAGAUUAUAAAAAGUAUUUUGUUACACCGAAUUUAUCUCACGCCUAUUCGAAGACAAUAUCACCUCCACAUUAUCAACGAGAUUCAUAUGUAAAUCAUGGCGCAUCAUCCAUGAAUAAAAAUAGUACAAAAAUUAUGGACCCAAAACCGAGAGAUUUUAUAAUUGAUUCACGUCAAACAACGUCUAGUUUCAGUGGUAGUGUACGUCCACUACAAGGAAACUACAACCAAAGUCAAAUGAACAUAAGUUGUGUAAAAAAAAGAGCAAAAAUGCUGAUAGAAAGACAAAUCUAG